ACGAAAACGAAGAAGAAUGUGGUUAUACUAAGAUUUAAUUUUAACUUUGAAAACCUGUGGAUUAUUUAUGCAUUAAAAUUUUCCAAAAAUGAAAGUCAAACGCUACAAAAAAGUAAAUAAAAAUCUGCGAUUCUUUAUAAAUAAUUAUGGCUUUCGACAACCAUACCAGAUUUUAACAGAUGGAACUUUCUGUUACAGUGCUUUAAAUAAUAAAAUAAAUAUCGCUGAUAAUAUUCCGAGAUAUCUUCACGGAGAAAUUAAGGUACUCACCACUCAAUGUGCAAUUAUUGAAAUGGAGAAUUUGGGUUCGAAGUUGAAUGGAGCUUUAAAAAUAUUGAAGCAGUAUGGAGUACACAAGUGUGGUCAUGAGGGCAAACCAAUAUCUGCAGCGAAAUGUUUUUUAAAAAUGUUGGGAAAUUCAAAUGAGAAUCACUAUGUAAUAGCUACACAAGAUAGAGAUUUGCAAAACAAAGUUAGAACAAUACCAGGAGUACCAUUAUUAUAUUUACACCUAAAGACUCCUGUACUAGAGAAGCCUUCAGAUGUAUCUCUCAAUGAUGCCAAGAAAAAAAUUUCAAUUUUAGGUGAAUCUGAGAAAAGAGAACUGGAAGAAUUGAAAAAACAAAGUCAUAUUGAUGAUAAACCAAAGAGAAGGAAAAGGAAAGGGCCAAACCCACUUUCUUGUAAGAAGAAGAAAAGUAAACCUACCAUUAAUAAUCCCAUUACCAAAAAAGAACCAGUAGAAAAAAGUAAAAGAAAAAGAAUAAAAAUUCCAAAGCAUGUUAGAGAAAUGUUAUUAAAGACCAAUGAAGAGAAGUAGUUAAUAUAACUUUACUUGAUGUUUAAUUAUUUAACUUUUUUGUACUUAAUAAGACAAAUCCAAAUAAUGAAGCCCAGUUUUGAAAAACUAAUUUUUUGUGAUAUGAAUAUUUUUUUGUGAAUGAAUAAAAUAUUUUACAAAGUUAGAAA